UGUACAAGAUGUUUUUAAUGGGAGCGAUUGCGCAUUCCAGACUCUUCUCUGUCGGUUAUCAGAUAUUUCAUUAUAAAUAAAUUCAGUAUUUACAGGACAAAUAAACACUGGGAUCCGCCUACAGAGAAGUCUGUGCGCUUGUGAUCUGCAGGUUGGAGAUGUGAUUUGUGUGAAAUACACUGUAGAUGUUCAGACACCAGCUGAGUUGAACCACAAGCCUCCAUGUGAUCCAGACGCGCGUCAUUCUGUAGCUCCUCAUCACUGAAGCACCGUUUUGCGUGGAGCCUGAAACAGUGACAGCAUUUUGCAGCCUGGUUGUUAAAUGAUUCCCAGACGGAGAUCAGACAGCGGAUGUAGGAGGACACUAGAAGGACGGGGUUGCUUUUCUAGUCUGGAAUAAACAGCGAGGUCUCUACGUGGAUAAACAGAGGCAUCUCUUCACUCCACAGCGGUACAAUGGAGAAGAACCGAGACGCAAGAAUCGUCCUUAGAAUUUCUCCCAAAUUUUCUUCCCACUACCUGCUUUCCUCCUCUAGCUGCUUAGACCCUGAUGGAAAUCCACACACUGGAUUAUAAGGCUUCAAUUAAAGCAUGGAUGUUGGAUUCAUUCCUCUGGUCUGGAUAUCUCUUUAAUGAAAUAAGGAACUAUUUGUACUAUAGGUGCCAUUAGUUCAUUGAAUCCGUUCAUCACUCUGAAUCUAUAAUGGACAGAAUGAUAGCAUUCCGGUCAUCUCUUUGGCUCUGAUAACGCACACAUUUUCUCCAUCUGUUCAUCAGGAGCGAUGUUUUUCCACAUGACGCCUCUGCAUGCAGACGUUCUGGCUUUCUGUUAUUUGAAAUCAGGUGUUUGCUGAGGAAUAAACAAGACCCACGACAUGCAUCUUGGACUGGAUGACAGCAGGGAAUGUCAGUACAAUCAGAUCUGCACCCAUCAUAACUCCUCAUCCAUGGAAACCCCACACACCAAGAAGAGGAGAGUGAAGAGAAAGUGGCAGGUCUUCCCAGGCCGGAACAAGUUCUACUGCGAUGGGCGGAUCAUGAUGGCAAAGCAGUCUGGUGUGUUCUACCUUACCAUAGCUCUGAUCCUGGUGACCAGUGGGCUGUUCUUCACAUUUGACUGUCCGUUCCUGGCCUCUAACUUGAGCCCGGCCAUUCCAGCCAUCGGUGGUGUGCUCUUCCUCUUCGUUAUGGUCAUGCUACUCCGUGCGAGCUUCAGCGACCCUGGCGUUCUGCCCCGAGCCACUCCAGACGAGGCGGCCGACGUAGAAAGGCAGAUAGAUGCAGCUAACGGUGUGAGUGGUGUGAGCUCACGGCCUCCUCCCAGGACCAGAGAGGUGCUAAUCAACGGGCAGACGGUCAAACUGAAAUACUGCUUCACCUGUAAAAUCUUCAGACCACCAAGAGCCUCACACUGCAGCUUGUGUGACAACUGUGUGGAUCGUUUUGACCACCACUGCCCCUGGGUAGGCAACUGUGUGGGAAAGCGAAACUAUCGCUUUUUCUACCUGUUCAUCCUCUCGCUCUCCUUCCUCACCAUCUUUAUCUUCGCCUUCGUCAUCACCCACGUCAUUCUGAGAUCCAACCGGACCGGGUUUCUCAGCGCCCUCAAAGACAGCCCAGCUAGUGUUCUGGAGGUGGUCGUGUGCUUUUUCUCCAUCUGGUCCAUCGUGGGUUUGUCGGGUUUCCACACCUACCUGAUUAGCUCCAACCUGACCACUAAUGAGGACAUUAAAGGUUCGUGGUCAUCCAAACGAGGAAGAGACAACUACAACCCCUUCAGCUAUGGAAACAUCCUCACCAACUGCUGCGCUGCUCUGUGUAGCCCUUUACCGCCCAGUUUAAUUGACAGGAGAGGUCUUGUAGAACCAGAUGCCCCUCAGCCAGCAGCUCAGUCAAAUGGGACCAAUGCGUGUCCUACAACUCAGCUCCAGAGUCACAUGUGUCACCAAGAUCAGUGCAUCCAGAGCACCAAAUUCGUUUUGCAGGCCGCCACCACGCCUCUUCUUCACGCCCAGCCGGUUCUGUUGAGCGGGGGCGCUGUCUUGCAGGUCAAACCGUCGAUGGGUAUGCCUUGCUCACUUCACCCUUCGCUGCCGUCCUCCACUACCAGUCUGGGUUGUGGGGGCGAGCUUUUGGCUUUACAUGACCCCGAGAGCCUCUGCCACCACCACCACCAGCUCAGCCAUGAGGCCUUUGCCAGCCCUGAGGAGAUGCCCUCCCCGGCCAUGGCGCUGCCCUGCGCCGCCCACCUGGCGCAGCUGUAUGAUCCGGCCAGCCAGGACUCACUGCACGAGGAUUCAGUACGCGGCCUGGUGAAGCUCAGCUCUGUCUAACAACCCCCGGAAAGCGCAGAGCCAAAAGCCAUAGUUUGAUCUAUAUAUAGGACGGUGAAAUACUUCCAGUGACAGUUUACCUUUCAGCCACAACAGGAUCUAACAGCCUCAAAUGAAAAAAGGACCAAGAGCAGUCUUCCAGCUCGUCUGUGUGCUUACGCAGGAGAGCUGAUCUAUUAGCGCUCUCGCACUACGCCUCAAAAUAAAAUCUGUAUUAAAGGACCAGACUAAAAUCAAAAGAUAUCUUAGCAAGUGAAAAUAUCUCAGAUAAAGUGGAAAAAAAACAAUAAAACAAACCUGAGUAGAAAAUCAGACAGCUUGAACAGAUUACAAGCUUGAAAUGAGAUUCUUUUGGAAAUUUUACUUGGCUGAUUUAUUUGUAGGAUGAAGGAAAAAUAAUCUGAUAAUAUAAAGACAAAGACAAGCUUUAAAUUUAAACCAAAAAAUAAAAAAUGACUAGAAAUAUGUUUAUGAUGACAAAUACAUAGAUAUUGCUAAUUUGUUUCCUAAAAACAUUCUGUUCGAUGGAACUAUAAAUGGAUAAAAACUAUGACAGGGUGCUGAAUAAUAAAUGAAAAAUCGUUCACACGAGUAAAUUAUCGUGGAAGAAUAAAUCAGCGUGUGCGGCUUCACACUUCGUCUCAUCGUAGAUUAUUUUCCUCUAAAGACAUUCCCUGUGUUUUUUAUUCCUUUAUUAGCAAAAUGAACCUUUAUUCAGGAUAUUUUCACGUGUUAAGAUGUCAUUUAUGGAGUACAUGUAGACAAAACUGACCUUUGUUCCCAAGAACGUGCUUCUUGUGUCAGCGAGAAACCGAGAUGUCCCACUAUUAUGAUAUAGCACUUCAUGAUUUCUGGAAGAACUAGAAUACAUCGCUCUUCUUCACACGCAGGCUACGAUUCGGACGACGGAUGUUUUACGGCGUGGAACGCUACAGACGGUUGGUGUGUAAAUGCAAUCUCACUGCCUUUUUACAUCUCUCUGGGCUUCUGCCGACAAUAUCGUUCUGGCAAUACGGCAAUAUGACGGCGGGCUUAUUAACAUGGGUGAAUAUAUUGCAUCAGAUCUUUUUGAUAUGUCUGAAUCACACAUUAUGUUGAUGUGAUUUA